AUGAGGGAAAUAGUGCACAUACAAGCAGGGCAAUGCGGAAACCAAAUUGGUGCUAAGUUCUGGGAAGUUAUAUCAGAUGAACAUGGCAUCGAUCCUACCGGCACGUACCAUGGUGACUCCGACCUACAGUUGGAGAGGAUCAACGUAUACUACAACGAAGCCACGGGAGGAAAAUAUGUACCAAGAGCUAUACUCGUGGACUUAGAACCAGGGACCAUGGACUCUGUACGCUCCGGCCCAUUUGGACAGAUCUUCCGCCCAGACAAUUUCGUCUUUGGCCAAUCCGGCGCAGGCAACAACUGGGCAAAAGGACACUACACCGAAGGCGCAGAAUUGGUAGACUCUGUCCUCGACGUCGUCAGAAAAGAAGCUGAGGGUUGUGAUUGCUUACAAGGCUUCCAGCUCACACACUCACUAGGAGGAGGCACUGGUGCAGGUUUAGGAACACUUCUGAUUUCAAAGAUCCGAGAAGAAUACCCCGAUCGUAUCAUGAACACAUUCAGCGUUGUACCCUCUCCGAAAGUAUCGGACACUGUUGUUGAACCAUACAACGCUACAUUGUCUGUACAUCAGUUGGUGGAAAACACUGAUGAAUCCUACUGCAUCGAUAACGAGGCGCUUUACGACAUUUGUUUCCGUACGCUGAAGCUGACUACACCCACAUACGGCGAUUUGAACCACUUAGUCUCCGCAACUAUGUCUGGCGUCACCACUUGUCUCAGAUUCCCUGGUCAAUUGAACGCGGAUCUAAGGAAACUAGCUGUAAAUAUGGUGCCCUUCCCUCGCUUGCAUUUCUUCAUCCCUGGAUUUGCUCCUUUAACGUCUCGAGGAAGCCAACAGUACCGUGCCCUUACUGUUCCCGAACUGACUCAACAAAUGUUUGAUGCAAAGAACAUGAUGGCUGCGUGUGACCCACGCCAUGGGAGAUAUUUGACAGUAGCCGCAGUUUUCAGAGGCCGAAUGUCUAUGAAGGAGGUUGAUGAACAAAUGAUGAACAUUCAAAACAAAAACUCAUCAUACUUUGUAGAAUGGAUUCCAAACAAUGUGAAGACUGCCGUCUGUGAUAUCCCGCCUCGUGGAUUGAAAAUGUCUGCAACAUUUAUUGGAAACUCGACUGCUAUUCAAGAAUUGUUUAAACGUAUUUCUGAACAGUUCACUGCCAUGUUCAGACGUAAGGCAUUUUUGCAUUGGUAUACUGGUGAAGGAAUGGAUGAGAUGGAGUUCACAGAAGCAGAGAGCAAUAUGAACGAUUUGGUAUCAGAGUACCAGCAGUAUCAGGAUGCUACUGCUGAAGAGGAAGGUGAAUUCGAUGAAGAAGAAGAGGGAGGCGACGAAGGGGACUAGACUAUAUUUUUCUUAAGAUUUUCAUUAUUAUAUUGUAUAUUUUUAUACUUUAUCGUUUUAUUAUAUUUUGUGGAUAGUCUACUGUCGUUUUACUAGAAUUUAGGGUCGGUGUAAAUCCUAAUGAAAACUACUACAUAUAUGUAUGUCAUAGAUGACUAGGAAUAACCCGUUUAGUCAGUUGUACAUAUGUUCCCCUUUAUUAAAAGACAAUGUCCAAAUUUAGCCUAUGAACCUGUAAGAAUAUCUUGUAUAUCGUAAUUCUUAUCAUAUUUUAUGAUUAAUAUAUCAGCUUUUAAAAUCAAACAGACACUGCCCAUUUUUGUAAUUACAUUAAAAAGUAAUAUCAAUACAUUUGAUAAGCUUCAAUAAAUGCUGCCACCAUAUUUUAAUAAGUUGACAAAUCAGGAUCUAUGCACAAUUUGAUGUAUAAUCAACCAAUGAGCACUUAAAGCGCUUGACAUUAAAACGAGACUCAAAAUGUUCGUAGAUUUUUAAGCGGCUGGAAGCGCUCAUUUAUUCUUUUACAUACGUUUGACUGUUUUGAACUUUUGAAGUUUUGUUUGACAACAACAACAAACAACCGACAAGGUAGUCUA